CGCAGCGUAACGCUACCCUCCAUGUCAGGAAGAGCUAGACUGCGGAAUGACCGAGCCAAGAGUCCACCUCAGGCUCGGCCCAAGAGUCCCACUAAAGCACGAGGAAGGCAGAAUCCCUCGCUUGGCGCCGUACCAAAGAGUCAGCAAGUCCCAAACGUCAGGAGUACGGGAAGCGCAAAGAAAGGAGCUGAUGGCGAGGGGACCAAGAAAGCGUGCUCUCCUGCUGCAAGACUGCGGUCUUGUGCAUCACCACCUAGAAAUCCUGAGGGUAAUACACGCGGAAGGCAUGCUAAAAACGCCAGGAAAAACAACAAGUGUUACAGCCCGGACAGCGCUAAAAGUCCCUUUGAGAAAAUAACGGAGAAGAGCCCUCCGAAAAGCUGCGUCGGAGCACCUGUCGAUAAGGUCCUUCAGUCGACCCUUGACAAACUGAAGAUCAGGAAGACAGCUCAGUCUAAUUCGGCGAGCAUCAUUAAUUGUGUUGUUGACGAAAUCAUCAAACGCAUGAAGCGGUCUGACCCUUUCCAGGCGGUAAAAGAGUUGCGCACUGGUAGUUACUAUGAGAAAGUAAAGAUUUCAGAGCCCGAUGAGUUCGACGUGAUGCUGACGGUACCUGUUGAGAGAGUGGAAAUCCAGAAAUUCGAUGAAGAUGGCGCAUUCUACACCGUGGCGCUCAAAAGGGGGGCGAGCAAAAACGCUUUGCAAGACUUCUUACAAUCGGACGGGACAAUCUCUGCAGACAAGAUGCUGGCGGAGUUCAGACGGAUCGUUAAACAAGCUGUAAAGUCAUUUCCGGAGGUGGAAGUGGAGCGGAAAAAGAAGGGCUGUCCCGCCGUGACUCUGCAGAUCAUGAGUGACGGCCUACAGAUCGGACUGGACGUUGUGCUGAGCCUGGAAGUUCACUCGAGCUGGCCGGAGUUCACUCGCGACGGCUUCAAAAUCGACGCCUGGCUCGGCACCAAAGUGAAGAGAGAAUUCAAGUUCCAACCGUUCUACCUGGUACCGAAGUACGAGGGCAGAGGAAACGAAGAAAAAGAGGGAAUUUGCGCCAAAGAUGCCUGGCGGAUCUCCUUCUCGCACGUAGAGAAGGGCAUUCUGAAGAACCACGGUCAGUCCAAGACGUGCUGCGAGAGUCACGGUACACAGUGCUGCAGGAAACCGUGCCUGAAGCUGCUGAAGCAUCUUCUGCACCUGCUGAAGCAGAAACACCCCAAGGAGCUGUCUAAGUUCUGCUCCUACCUGGCCAAGACCACCCUGCUCCACGCCUGCUCCGCCAGGGUGCGCGACAGUGACUGGGAGCUGGCGCGUCUGAGCGACUGCUUUCAGCAGCUGCUGGACGACUUCGUGAGACACCUGCGGAACGGAAAACUCUACAACUUUUUCAUCCCUACCCAAAACCUGCUGGGCUUCAGCUGCGACAAGAAAAGUCGGGACUUUCUGGCAGACUGCGUAGAACAAGAGUGGAACAACGUUUUCCCGAUUUUUAGAGAAUGAUCGCAGUUUACACAUCUUCAUAACUGCGAUGUGAUGCGCAGCCCCUGCUGCCAGCUACACUGACCUGAGAGACGUCUGUACCGGGCCACACGCCAACCAACAUGUGACGUCACACGGGUGUUGCAGAGGCAGAAAAUGGCUACACGCGCGGCGAAAACGCUGUAAUUCUAACAAGGGUUACCAGAACCACUGACUUUUGCAAAAAUAAAUAAAUGCCAACCCACGACU